GAAGGCAAGAGGCAGGAGGAGAGGCAAAACGCUGGGAAAUAUCCCUGGCCAAUGGGGAAGCGGUGGUGCCGACAGGGAAUUCACUGCCGGGUAGGAGUUCGCGGAGGGGCGCCCUCCUGCUGGAGCAGGAGGCAGAGCUCCAAAGCCAAGCUUUCCUUAGGCUGCCGCUCAGAUAUACCGAAGUGUUUCGGGGGUUAUGCAUGGUGCAGUGAUGCGUGGCCACCUCCGGCCUCCUGUGGGGACCCAAGGCGGGGGCAGGGUAUAAACCUCCUUCGCCUCCAGCCACGCUCGCAGGGGGCGAACACGUGGUGACCUGCCCGCGGCCGCGUUCCAGGCUCCGGCUCCUCCUCCCUCCAGAUCUCGCUCUGUUCUCUGCAGUAUCACGUGCAGCCGCGCCGGGUGCAGGAUGGCGGCUGCGGCAACAGCAGUGGGUGUCAGGCUCCGGGACUGCUGCAGCCGAGGCGCUGUGCUCCUGCUCUUCUUCUCCCUGUCCCCUCAGCCCCCGGCCGCCGCCGCUUGGCUGCUGGGCCUCCGGCCCGAGGACACCGCUGGAGGCCGCGUGUCCCUGGAAGGGGGCACCCUGCGCGCGGCGGAAGGCACCAGUUUCCUCCUGCGCGUCUAUUUCCAGCCAGGGCCCGCAGCGCCCGUGGCGCCCGUGCCCGCACCCACCCUUUCCCCAGGAGAGAACAGCACCGGCGACUGGGCUCCGCGGCUCGUGUUCAUCGAGGAGCCCCCAGGAGCGAGCGGCGUGGCGCCCAGCGCUGUCCCCACGCGUCCCCCGGGGCCGCAGCGCUGCCGCGAGCAGAGCGACUGGGCGUCGGACGUGGAGGUCCUGGGGCCCCUGCGCCCCGGAGGCGUGGCAGGUUCGGCUUUAGUCCAGGUGCGAGUGCGGGAGCUGCGCAAGGGCGAGGCAGAGAGGGGCGGCGCGGGCGGUGGCGGGAAGCUCUUCUCGCUGUGCGCCUGGGACGGGCGCGCCUGGCACCACCACGGCGCUGCCGGCGGCUUCCUGCUGCGCGUCCGCCCGCGGCUGUACGGUCCCGGCGGGGAACUGCUGCCCCCCGCGUGGCUUCGCGCGCUCGGGGCGCUCCUGCUGCUUGCUCUGUCUGCCCUAUUCAGCGGCCUGCGCCUGAGCCUGCUCUCGCUGGACCCGGUGGAGUUACGGGUGCUGCGGAACAGCGGCUCGGCCGCAGAGCAGGAGCAGGCGCGCCGUGUGCAGGCCGUGCGCGGCAGGGGGACCCAUCUGCUCUGCACCCUGCUCCUGGGCCAAGCCGGAGCCAACGCGGCCCUGGCUGGCUGGCUGUACGCCUCGCUGCCGCCGGGCGUCGGGGGCACUGGAGAAGAUUACAGCGAAGCAGGGAUUCACUUCCCGUGGCUGCCGGCGCUCGUGUGCACCGGCGCCGUGUUUCUGGGCGCCGAAAUCUGCCCCUACUCGGUGUGUUCGCGGCACGGGCUGGCCAUCGCCUCGCACAGCGUGUGCCUGACCCGACUCCUGAUGGCGGCCGCCUUCCCCGUGUGCUACCCGCUGGGCCGCCUGCUGGACUGGGCGCUGCGUCAGGAGAUCAGCACCUUCUACACGCGGGAGAAGCUGCUGGAGACACUACGGGCCGCGGACCCCUACAGCGACCUGGUGAAGGAGGAGCUCAACAUCAUCCAGGGAGCCUUAGAGCUGCGCACCAAGGUGGUGGAGGAGGUGCUGACCCCCCUCGGGGACUGCUUCAUGCUGCGCUCCGACGCGGUGCUCGACUUCGCCACGGUCUCUGAGAUUCUGCGCAGCGGCUACACUCGUAUCCCGGUGUACGAGGGCGAUCAGCGGCACAACAUAGUGGACAUUCUGUUUGUCAAGGACUUGGCCUUCGUGGACCCCGAUGACUGCACGCCGCUGCUCACAGUCACUCGCUUCUACAACCGGCCUCUGCACUGCGUCUUCAAUGAUACUCGGCUGGACACGGUGCUGGAGGAGUUUAAGAAGGGAAAAUCUCACCUGGCCAUUGUCCAGCGGGUGAACAACGAGGGAGAAGGAGACCCCUUCUAUGAGGUGAUGGGCAUUGUCACCCUAGAGGACAUCAUAGAGGAGAUCAUUAAGUCGGAGAUCCUGGAUGAAACUGACCUCUACACCGACAACCGGAAAAAGCAGAGGGUCCCACACCGGGAGAGGAAGCGGCACGACUUCUCCCUGUUCAAGCUUUCCGACUCGGAGAUGAGGGUGAAGAUCUCCCCGCAGCUUCUGCUGGCCACACACCGCUUCAUGGCCACAGAAGUGGAGCCCUUUAAAUCCCUGUACCUCUCGGAGAAGAUCCUGCUCCGACUCCUGAAGCAUCCCAAUGUGAUCCAGGAGCUGAAGUUUGACGAGAAGAACAAGAAAGCCCCAGAACACUACCUCUACCAGCGCAAUCGCCCCGUGGACUACUUCGUGCUGCUUCUGCAGGGUAAAGUGGAAGUGGAGGUUGGAAAGGAAGGCCUUCGCUUCGAGAAUGGAGCCUUCACCUACUAUGGUGUCCCAGCCAUCAUGACCACUGCUUGCUCAGAUAAUGAUGUGCGGAAGGUUGGAAGCCUGGCCGGAUCCUCGGUCUUUCUGCCCGUCUCUGUGUCUCGUACCUUCGCCUUCAGCAGAGGGGACUCUCUGGCAGGCUCCCCAGUAAACCGGUCCCCUUCUCGCUGCAGCGGGUUGAACCGCUCCGAGUCUCCAAACCGCGAGCGCAGUGACUUCGGCGGGAGCAACACGCAGCUGUGCGGCAGCGGCAACAACCUCUACACCCCAGACUACUCGGUGCACAUCCUCAGCGAUGUGCAGUUUGUGAAGAUCUCCUGAUGCCCAUUUCUUGUGUGGGGAAACUGAGGCACAGAGCAACAGGGAAUUCGCUUGCCUGAGACAGGUUGUCAGCAGAACUCUUUCCUUUUCCUCCCCUGCCACUGGCACCAGGUUGCUUUGGUGUUUUCAAGAUAAACUUGCGGGUGAUUAAUAAAGCAAGUGUUUAGAAGAAACCAUGGUAUGCUUUUACGCAUGAUGGUCUAUUUUUACAUUUUACCAUUUCAAGUCUACAAUGCAGUUGGGCAUGUGUGUUAACCGUUAACCCUUUGUGUGACCGUCCCACCCUUGAGCCGUCGCUGAGCUGUGUGGCGGUCCGUGGAGCAUCACUUUGCACAGGCGGGACAGAGAAAUAGCGACGCUCAUCGCCUUGUAGUUACAGAGGAGGGGAGCUGUUUCUUCAUACUCCUCGUAGGGGUUGGGAUUGCACAGAAACCUAGAAUUUCCCCCUUUCUCUUGCUUCGAUAGGUUUUAUUUUAUUUGCUUUGUUCGCUAGCAUUCUGCAAACCGUUACUUGCUUGGGCCGGAGAUCAGGAGUGAGCCCCUAUUUCUCCAAGUCCAACAAAACACCCAGUGAGUUCACUUGGUAAAUCGCAGGCUGGAUUAUGAGAGAUGUAUUAAUCACACAGGUGGGAGGAGAACAUGAGCUCUGAUAAUUUGAGAGCAGUGUGCGCUGGCUGGUUUUCUGUGUUCUAGAACCUUGCAGACACCCUGAGCUGGCACUGUAAGGGUGGAAGGUUACCAGAGGCAGGUGCUGAGCCUGGAGGGCAGGGUGGGGUAACUGCACGGUACUCUGUGCGUGUGCUUUACGGCCCCUUUGUCUGAUUGAUCCACUUAGUCUUACCACCACUCUGUGAGGUAGCUACUGCUGUCAUUCCCGUUUAGAGAUGAAGACAUUGGAGCUUGACUAGUCUAAGGCCCCAGGGCUGGUGAGUGGCAGAGCCAAGCUUCAGAGCUGGGUCUGUCUGUCUCCAGAGUCCAAGCCCUCAAAUCCCUGGGCUUUAGGGAGAGUUAUGUGAAAUCAGAGCUGAAGGAGCCCCAGGGAGAAGUGACUUUGGGAACUAACCCAGCAAUACUCAUGGGUCCAUAGGACUGGAGACACUUAACAAAUCCUAUAUGACAAUGAUGUUAAGCCUCAGAAAACUGAAGCCCAUGAUUC